AUGGAGAACGCGAGCAACCAGCCGCGGAUCACCAGAAAACACUCUGGCUGCAAGCCUUGCCGGCGGCGAGGCAAAAAGUGCGAUGAAUCAAAACCGCGUUGCCGAGCUUGCGCCCGGCUAUCCUUGGAAUGUACCUAUGGCAUCGACUACAGCUUCCAUAACAUCACCCCGACGAAACUGCAGCGCCAGCCGACCACUCUGGCGGAAAGUCCCCGGUCGGCUCUUCUUCCUUUGAGUUCUGUGCCGAGUAAGGUGGCCGUAGAGCUUCGCCAUCUGCCGAGGUCAUGCAUCUCCCAUCAGCUCACGCGAGCCAGGAUCGCUAGGUCUCUGGACUGCGGAGAAAAUCUUGAAACAUGCUACCUAAGCCAUUUCCAGAGGCAUGUGCGCUAUCUCCUUCCCGCAUCCCCUUUGCCAUCUGCAACCGCAACCUUCCACUCCCCGUACCUUCGAGCUGCUGUCUUGUGCAUCUCCGCGUCCAACCUCUCGAUGUUGGAUGCACAAGUACAGAGCCGUAUCCUCGUGGGAAGCCACCGUCAGUCUUCGUUUAGCCCACUGGUCAAUAGCUUACAUCACGCUAAAGCGCGGGACUAUCAUGACCGCGCGUUACAACUUUGUCGCAAGGCGGACAUGAGAGAGCUCUCAGACGAUGCACCCGCUAUUCUUACAACGCAAAUUCUUCUUGCAUACUACCAUCACGCGUCGACCAACCAUCAACGCUUUCGGUCGGCGGUGUGGGAUACUGUUGAAUUUGUUUCUCGGAAUAGGGAGCACAUCAUGCGGUCCGCGAGGGGAGCGGAGGCCCUGCAAAUGUGGCAUCGCUUAUGUGUUUCUCAUCGUCUAUCGAAGCCACCAUCAUUACUACUGGAGGGUGAGGGCAGAAGCUCGUUCGGCCCAAACUGUUUUCCAGAUGCCACCGACCAUUUAUACCUCACCGCCGUUCUGGGAAUGAGUAGGGAUGACCUGAUCUACGACAUUCUUAUCAAAACUAUGGAGAUCCGCUCGCGACUGGUAGUCUUUCGCUGCGUUGCACACCGUUACGAGAUCCCCGAAUCGUCAAGAGAGGUUGGCAGUCUCGCGCACAGUUUCUUGACCGAGAUGUUAGGCAGGCCCUUUGUCCUCGAGGAGCUUUCCGAGGCACGGAAAGGCUUUGUACGUGGCUCGCAUCUACUGGGGCUGUUGCAGGUGCAGAAGGAACGGUUAGCUGUUUGGAGCUCUCUCCGACAUACGAAGCAAUCACCUGUCGGUCGCUAUGCUGACAGCCAUCGUGAUACUAUGCCUCCAAGGGAGUGGGACAUCUCAACUCAUCGAGAUACGAUGAACACCUUGUACCAGAUACUUUGCGAGAUGAUGUUCGAAGAGGCCCGCGCAGUGUAUGCAUCUGACGAUGCAUCGGAGCAACACUUUGCCGCGACGGUGCUUCCUCGGCUGGCACAGAGUUUCUGCCACAUUGUGAGCACCUUGGAUUUUGCUGCAGCAGGUACGGCCGAUGUCUACACCUUCAGUCUGGCUGAAAGUCUCCUCCAGUUGGUCGGUCUCUGGCAGUCAGAUAGCUUAUUUCACUUCAUUCUGGACGUUACGUGGCCGAAUCUGGAGAGGAAAACGCGAGGAUUUGAGCACUCGCACUAUCCCACUCACCUCGUGAAGCGGAUCAUCUCCCUGGUAGCGGACUACUGGUCCCGGGGACAAAGCGUGACACUCGUAUUACCUGCCGUUCCAGAGGAUAUCGCUAAACUGACACUGCUUGACAUCAAUCACCCGAUGAAUGUGGUGAUCUGCGGACAUGAUCAGGACAAUAUCGCGUGGAUUGACAAAAUUCGUCUCCCUUGA